AUGGCUACAAAGGAUUUUCAGAAAAUCUUCCAUUGGGCAUCGACCCAGCAGAAUGGCAGUAUUCCUUCGUUCUCGACCCGGCCCAACGAUCCUUAUAAAUACCAACCUGGCUUCGAUAAUAAUUUCGAGUCGGAAGCUAUACCAGGCACCAUCCCGAGGGGACAAAACAGUCCUAGAUCCAUCCGCUUUGGACUUUAUGCAGAGCAGAUUACAGCAUCCGCCUUUGUCGCGCCUCGCCAUCUCAACAAAAAGGCCUGGCUUUACCGCGCUCGACCAGCUGUAGCGCAUCAAGGAUUUUCUAGUCUGCCUGAUAAUAAGGACACUGAGUCUACUUUUUUGCCCCUGAACCCACGUGUUCAUGUUUCCCCUACUCAGCUGGCUUGGAAGCCAUUUGAGAUUCCCGCUGGCGAGGACGUUGACUUUGUCGAUGGACUCAAGACCAUCGCGGGCUCUGGUGAUUCCACCUUGAGGGAGGGACUGGCCACCCACGUUUUUCUAUGCAACAAGAGCAUGAGCAAGAGGGCGUUUGUCAACUCAGAUGGCGACUACCUAAUCGUCCCCCAACAAGGUAACUUGGAUAUACAGACCGAAUUCGGUUUCUUGUACGUUCAACCAGGGGAGAUAUGCGUUAUUCAACGCGGACAGCGGUUCAAGGUCAACAUUGAGGGCCCUACGCGAGGGUACAUCCUGGAGAUCUGGGGAUCUAACUUCGAGCUUCCAGAAUUAGGCCCCUUAGGCGCCAACGGGCUUGCCAAUGGUCGAGAUUUCCUAUCCCCUGUAGCAGCCUAUGAGGUCACUGAAAAUGACCCAUGGACUGUUACUUACAAGCUAGGGGGCAAGUUCUUCUACAGUAGCCAAAACCACUGUCCAUUUGAUGUCAUUGGAUGGCAUGGAAAUUACGUCCCAUAUAAAUACGAUCUUACGAAAUUCGUCAAUGUCGGCUCUAUUUCAGUUGAUCACAUUGACCCAUCAAUCUUCUGUGUCCUUACCGCCAGGUCCAGAGACCCUGCAGCGCCAUUAGCUGACUUCCUUAUUUUCUCGCCCAGAUGGGACGUUGCCUCGCAUACAUACCGGCCUCCAUAUUACCACCGUAACUGUGCAUCAGAGCUUAUGGGGCUUAUCUACGGCGAAUAUGGCGGUCGAUCAGACGAAUUCCAGCCUGGAAGUGUCUCCUUCGAAUGUGGCUUCGUCCCUCACGGCGUCGCCUACGAGGAGUUUGCCGCUGCCUCCAAGCAAGACCCUCCGGUGAUGCAGAUUUCGGAAAGCUCUAUUGCGUUCAUGUUUGAAAGCAGUCGAGCUUUCACCAUCACUGACUAUGCUUGGGAAAGCGACAGGCGGCAUGAACAUGACCCCAAAAUGUGGGAUGACCUCGUCGACAACUUCUCUAAGCACAAGUUGGAAGUGGAAAAGAUCUUGGCUGAGAAGGCCUGA